CCUUAUCGUUCCUCCCACCACCACAUCUUGGCCCACAUCCUGGCCAUUUCCACAACACGUAGGUGCUUUGCACCAGUGUUGAUCACUUGAUACUUUUAUUUUGACUCUCUUGUGAACUAACUCCUUUGGAACUAUCAGGCAAUAAUAACCACCCUUUUCCCAUCACGUGGAAUUCGAGGACCAAAACGCGCACAACCCCGAUCGUUAGAUUUGGCAUUCGAGAUACCAAGUUUGUACUACGGAUUUGCGGGUAGGGCAAGUGAUCUCCUUGAAUCCUUCUCCCUGGGCCCUCUAUCGAACCGAAAACCGACAUUCCAGGGCCAGGACGAGAAGCAGGGAGAGGCUUGGAGAGCGAGGAUGCUCGGGUAAACGAUAUAGUCCUCGAGACCCGAAGAAUUACCCGUUACCUUUUUGUCUCCCUUAAAUUGGGGGGGGAUAACGUCAUUUUAUACCGGAACAUCGUACCUUUCAGAUUCUGCGGAUUAACCGAGAUAUUCGAGGGGAUAGAGGGGAGGAAUCAGGGGGCAUCGUCCGAUACACUGGAGACAUGUCCACGGGCUCCGGUUCGUCUAGAGGCUCUCGCCAUGGAAGUUCUCUUUAUUCUUCGCAAGUGGCGGUUAAUGCCCUUUCGAAUCCCCCACGUGUCAGUAGGGCAUCCGCAGUGCCCCCGCAACAAACGCCAACGCCUGCGCAAGCAUCGGUAUCCGUAUCACCCUUUAUAAGCUCCGCGAGUCCCAUGGGAUCUAGUAUCAAUCCUACUUCGUCUUUGCUCGUUUCUCAACUCUUGGUCGGGAGUGCGUCAAGUGUGGCGGACCCCGGUGCUGCGGCUACCCCGUUUGGGAUGAUUGUUGUUGGUGAUGGGACUGUGCAGGACGAGAUUGUGGAAAAGAGGAACGAGGGCGCGGCAGCUACAGGACGGGAUAGUAUCACGAAACUUGAAGAGACCCGUGAGUCGAGGGAUACGAGCGAAAUGGUGGAAAGUGGUGGGAUGGCAUUCCCGACAGUCCCCGGUUACGAGGAUUUGCGACCGGUUUACUCUAUUGUAGGUUCCUCUCCGCGAUAAAUUUUAUUUUUGGACACGAGUCUCUUCACGUUUCUCCACUUUGCUCUGUCUCCACGGCUGUAGCUUGGCUUUGGUUUGCAGCGGCUAACGAAAGUUUGUGCUAUCGCCCAGAAUUAUAUUCAAGUCUUUAGAGCGAAAUCUAUAUCCACGGGGGCUCCGGUAGUAUUGAAGCUCUGCACUGUAAAUCAUCUUGAUACGCUCGCUCGCCUCCGCCAUGAGUGGAAGCUACUUUCGGAGGCAAAUAUUGACUCGCCUCGUGGCCCUGUCCACUCCCCAUCCACCGCGCCUGCCGGGGUAACCCCAAAUACCAAUAAUUCCGGGCUGAACUCGCAGCCUUUGACAUCUGCCUCACUUACCUCUCUACCCGGCGUGGUUCGAGCAUUCGCUUGGGAAUAUCUCCCCGAUGGUGGAAUGGCAUUGGUAUACAAUGACGAACCUACUCAUAUGACGGUUCGGGAAAUGUUUUUGCCAGAUACUUUGCCUCUGUAUGUUGGCACCUCUGGUCAGGCCAUGCCGGUAUCUCCACGCCCCGUUGUUGCCAAACCACGGACUCAGUCAGAUUUGAUCAAGAUAUUAUCGGUAUUCUCGGAUGUUGUGCAUAUACUCGCAAUUGCACAUAAAGCCGGGAUAACACAUAAUAAUGUGAAUACAUAUUCAAUAGUCGUUAGUAAAACCCCCAAGACCAUGGGGGCAGGCGCGCCAAUGCUUGGGAAACUGGGGGGAUGGCAUCUGGCAUCGCGCUUGGAGCGAGAGGAUCCUGGGAGAGCUGAAGGUACAAUGUUACGCGGAUUAAAUCCGGCUCCUUUACAAUAUAUUGCGCCAGAGUGCACUGGCAGAAUGAAUAGAACUAUUGAUUACCGAGCAGACUUCUACUCCCUCGGAGUGUCGCUAUAUGAGCUGGUUGUAGGAUUCUUGCCAUUCAGGAGUGCCGACCCACUGGAAUUGAUACACCAACACAUCGCCCAGCAACCGGUGCCACCCACCGAGGUUAACGCUUCAAUUCCUACAGCGGUAUCGGCCAUGGUGAUGAAGCUGUUGGCGAAGAAUGCGGAAGAUAGAUAUCAGAUCGCUUCCGGGUUGAAAGCUGACAUUGAUAUGCUUAUCCGGAGGAUGACGGAGGGUCGGAGUCUGGACGGUAUGAGGGUCGGGGAGUUGGAUACAACCAGUCAGUUUGUGAUUACGGAGAACCUAUAUGGAAGGGAGGAGGCGGUAUCGAUUCUGAAGGGAGCGUAUGAAAAAUGCUCGAACCAAGGGGGAUGCGGCAUGGUGAUGGUUAGGGGAGGAUCUGGUGUGGGAAAAUCUCGGCUUGUCAACGAAAUCCAACGGCCGGUGGCGGAGAACAGAGGGUAUUUCACCUCUGGGAAAUUUGAUCAGUAUAAAAGGGGCUUCAGUUUUUUUACCUUGGUUCAGACACUUCAGGACCUAGUGCGCCAGGUACUUUCCGAAUCAACCCAGAGCCUCUCUCGAUGGCGGACGGAAACAAUAAGAGCUCUGGACGCAGAUGCUGCCGUAUUGGUAGAUGUUAUCCCGGAACUGAAGCUACUUCUUGGCCCUGAUUACAAAUUUGAGCCCUUGGCAAACCUAGGACCGGUUGAGAGGGAGAAUAGAUUUCGGGAAGUAAUAGGUCGAUUCCUGGCAGUCUUUGGGAGAAGAGGGUUAGUUGUCUUCUUGGAUGAUCUUCAGUGGUGCUCUCAGAGCGAGUUGGUCUUCAUCGCUGGAAUUGCGGAUGAAGCUAAUAGAAAGAUGCGGGAAUGGAGAUCGGAAGCGAUGAGCGUAGGCGACACCGCGGUAGUCGGCAAAUGGGGCAUCAAGCAAAGUAGGAAGCCUGGAGCCUGGGGUUUGAACCCCCGCCUCCGUUACCCUUUAUUUGGGAUUGCUUCAUUUGGUUUUUCUGUUAUUUAGAGAUAUACUUGAUUACAUGUGCUGACGGUGGUCCAUGAUUACUGAGCAUGCAGGUUUAUUGAUCAUUGGCACUUAUAGGGAUAAUGAAAUUGACCAAGAUCACCCCCUCCCGCCAAUGCUCGAAUACGUCCAGACCAGAGCCGGCGUAGAGGUAGUGGAUAUUGAACUGGGCCCUUUGGACCAGGGUUCCGUUAGAAAGAUAAUUGGUGACACACUUCACCGGGACCCCGAUUAUGGGCGACUGAAUGAGGAUGCUGAAAUGCAGACCCUGACUGAACUGGUGUAUGCAAAGACUUGUGGCAAUGCAUUUUUUGUGAUGCAAUUAUUGAAAAGCUUGCAUCGGGGCGGCUACAUUGUAUUCGAUUUCGGAGCCAAAGGCGGUGGACAGUGGAGAUUCAACCUAACUAGUAUUGAGGCCGAUGACUUACCUCCUACAGUAGUAGAUUUGCUCGUGAAGCAGAUGCUCAAGCUCAGCGGGCCUACGCGGACUGCGAUGAUGCUAGCAGCGUGCAUUGGAACCGAUAAUGUAGGCCUGCAAUCCUUGGCCGUAGCAGCCGGGAAGAAACCGGGGGGGAUGGCGAAUGAUUUGUGGGGGGCCCUGGAUGCCGGUUUGCUGCUCCCUACCGGUGGGAAUUACGAAAUACCGCUUGCCCUUGGUGAAGGCUCGCCCGUGCAUGGAGGUGGCGGUAGUAAUACCAUAAUAUCGAAUGGGCCGAGCGGCGACUCAUACUUUCUAGCGCGAUUCUCGCCUUCCCCUUCGGAUCAGGAGGGAGCGGUCACCUACAAGUUUCUACACGAUAGGGUUCAACAGGCGGCCUAUUCUUUAAUCCCUAAGAAUGAGAGGGCCGGGGUUCAUAGGAUGGUUGGGGCGAGGCUGUUAGAGAAGGUUCCGGAGGAGGAUUUAGAUGGAAUGCUAUAUGAAAUCGUCAACCAGCUAAACCAUUGGCUAUCACCGUUAGAGAGGGAUGAACGACAUACCCUAAUGGAGCUUAAUCUGCGCGCCGGCAAGAAAGCGAUCGCAGCGACAGCCUUUGACGCGGCGCUUUCGUAUUUCCUGACCGCCAAGCAGCUUCUGGACGAUCGUGAAAAGGAGGAGGAAGUGGCGGGAGCUGCUAUAGCUAAACUGAGGAAAAGGAUUAGUUUAGGAUGGGAAACCAGGCCGGGGGCGGUCCCCGAUAAAGAGCCCGAUAUGGAGGACCUCAUAUUGGAAAUCAACCUAUCCUUGAUCGAAGGAUACUUCGCCCACCAAAAAUACGAGGAGUCGAUCAAUCUCGCUGAUGCGGUUCUUCCAAAAUGCACUAAACCCCGAGACAAGAUAAGGUGUUUGGUUUAUAAGAUGAGCUGCCUUCUUGUUCAGGGGAAGCUCAACGAGACAAUUGAGACUGGGCUUUUGGGAUUGGGUGUUCUAAAUUGGGAGGUUCCCCUCGAUGACGCCGAAGCAAAAUCGCACGCCGAUAUGAUGAGGCCCAGGAUUUUGAUGGAUGUUGCGCAGAUAGAAGCUCUUGAGAAGAUGCGCCGGUUGAAAGAUGAGAACCUGAUAUUACUUCAAGAGCUGAUUUCUAGCCUACUAUUACCGAUAUACAUGAGCAGACCAGCUUUACUGGAGGCAGUAUGUUUCACGAGCGUGGCCAUCACUCUGGAGUUUGGUAUAUCUACUGCCGGAGCCUACCCUAUGCUAAUGACCGGUGUUAUACUCUCCGCCGAGGGAACGCAAGAAGCCCACCUUAAAAGUUACGCUUAUGGUAGGCUAGCAAUAAACCUCAUUGAGAAAGAUACUAUCAUGUGUCCAGCGGCGCCUGCAAUCUACGAGGUCUACGCUGGACACAUUGGGGUAUUUCAUUGCAGCAUGAACGAGGUUCUUAAGUCAUUACAUCAAGCUGUUACCGCAGGUAUAGCAUUGUUCAACGUGGAUUACACUGUUUUCGCCAUGUAGGAUAUCAUCUCCUAGUUUCAAGACCCGAGCUGACUCCCGUAGGGCUGAGAUCCCAUCUUUUGGGAUGUUCGGCGGCGAGGACUUGAGUGCAGUCCACUCCAAAAUGGUCGCCACUAAACCCAGCAUACGAAAAUUCAAACAGCUCACCGGGAUGUGGUGGUUAAGCCUUCCUCUCCAAUUUCUCCUGAAUCUCCGUGGCCUAGGAAACCCGGAUCCGCUCUGCUUCGAAGGAGAGGAGCUGGGGGAUUCCAAGUCUCUGUCCAAGCUUUUGAGUAGCGAGAGCAUGAGCCAUAUAUAUCUCUACCACAUGUACCGCCUGAUCAUAGCGGUAAUAUACGGCCGCUACGAUAUUGCAGCAGACCUCGCGACACAUUAUUGUGAGCCCAUGAGCGGGGGAGUUACUGGGACCUUUUACGCUUCGCUCACCUAUUUUUAUUCAUCAGUCGCAUUCCUACACCUAUACGACACAAUCUCGGACGAACAAAAGGACUUCCUUGAUCGGAAUAUAAAGCAGAUUAAAAUUUGGAGCACCACUGCUAAAGGCACCUUUCUGCACAAGAGCGUGUUCUUGGAGGCCGAGUUUACAAGAGUUCGGGAGCCUAGUCAACAAUUAGAGAUAUUAGACAAAUACGAUCACGCGAUUUCACUAGCUACGAGCAGCGGAUUUAUACAUGAUGCCGCUUUUAUUAGUGAGAGGUGUGGCUCCUGGUUGCGAGUGUUCUCAAAGAGACGAGCAGUGCCAUAUCUCAGGGAAGCGGUUCGGGGCUAUGCCGCCUGGGGCGCGACAAAUAAAGCCAUGGAAUUAAGGAAAGAGUCCACGGAGGACCCCGCAAUCAAAGGUAUAAACACAAAUAUGAUAUUGAUAUAUCUUGGAGAGGCACAUGUGACACUAACAACUACCUAUCAGGGCAUGCCGAGAGUCGGCCCACGAUGGCCAGGGUCGAUAGCGAUAUGGCGACUGCAUUGAUGAAUAAUGCUGUGAUUAACAUCUCGCCAAGGCUCAGUCCUCAAUCUUCUAGAAUCUAUGCGAGCGACUACGGCUUCGACCAUACAUCCCCACAAAAUAAUUCACCGUCUCUAGCGUCGUCCAGGGAGUUAUUUGCGCCGGACCCACAUGAUGAUGACGCGACAUCGCACGCAUCUUCUCGUAGGGAAAACGAACCAUCGUCUUUGGGGUCUGAAUUGGACUUCCGAACUGUUUUGAAGGCAUCGCUUGUCAUAUCAGAGGGGAUACAUCUCGAGGAGGUUAUUGGGAAGCUCAUGAAGAGUGUCUUGCAAACCGCCGGGGCAGAUUAUGGAGUCCUCAUUCUUAAGGAGGGCGAAAACCUUCACGUUGAGACCGUCGGCCUGCUCGAUCAAAUAUCCAUUCUGGAGCACGAGCCUUUGAACACGCGCGCCGAUUUAGUUCCGGUCUCAAUAGUCAACAUCGUUGCAAGCCUCGGGGAGCAAAUUUUGAAGGAUAGUGAUGAUCCUAAAUUUGAUGCGACGUAUGGGCGAGAUAGCUACUUUCAGAGACAGAGGGCAAAGAGCGUUCUCUGCAUGCCAAUACAGAACCAACUAAAUACUAUGGGCGUCCUGUACUUGGAAAACAAGCUUGUCAACCAUGCAUUCACAAGACAGAGGCAGGAGUUGCUGAACGUACUCUGCACCCAGGCUGCAGUGACAAUUGAUAAGGCACGUUUGUAUCGCCAGAUGGAGUUGGCGAAGAAGGCAGCUGAGGAAGCCACUGCGGAAAAAUCUAGUUUCCUCGCGAAUAUGUCUCACGAAAUUCGUAGGUUUACCAAGGAUCCUGCUUUUGAAAGAGUGCUAAUUGCCGUAGGAACGCCAUUCAAUGCUCUUCUUUCAUGCUCAAUAUUUCUACUAGAUACCACCUUGUCGGAACAGCAAAGAGAAUAUGUAGAGACAAUCCGAAACUCUGCAGUCCUCACACUCCAGAUCAUUGACGGCAUCCUCGAUUUCUCAAAGAUUGAGCAUGGCGCCAUCGACCUGCAGGUGUCGCCUUUCUCACUCAGGGACUGUAUCGAAAGCGCCCUGCAGCUUGUCGCCGAGCCGGCCGCAACAAAGGACCUGGAGUUAGCUUUCCGUAACAAAUGCUCCAACGUCGAUACUGUUCUUGGGGAUAUUACUCGAUUCCGGCAAUGUGUAAUCAAUUUGAUUGGUAACGCCGUCAAGUUUACGCAGGCAGGUCACAUACUUGUUACGACCGAAGCUCAAAAGUUGCCUAAUAGCGAGCUGUGGAGGGUGGAGGUCGCUGUGCACGACACCGGAAUCGGUAUCCCCGAAAAUGCACGCGAUCGGUUAUUCAGGGCAUUCUCUCAGGUGGAUACUUCAACGCGCCGUACCUACGGUGGCACCGGGUUGGGUCUGGCGAUCUCCAAAAAAUUGGCCGAAAUGAUGGGGGGCAAUAUCUGGUAGGGUUUUCUCGUUGAUGAAGCCUAUAUUCUAGUAAGGCUGACUCGGGAUCUAUAGGUUCGAGAGCGAAGAAGGCGCCGGAUCAACAUUCCAUUUGACUAUCACGGCUGAGGUCACCGAAAGGACUUGGUGCGCCGACAAAAGAUUAAUCGGUAAAAAGGCGAUCGUUGCGGAUACUCACCCAUUGUCAUCCAAUAUCCUAGCAGACGAACUGGAGGUGGAAGGAUUGAUGGUAACUCGCACAAACACGGCCGAGGCUACGUUGAAGCAACUUCAUGACCACGGCAUCGGAUACUACGAGUUUGCACUUAUAGAUUUAUCUGUGGACAAAACGUGCCUCCUCGUGGACCGAGUGAACAAAUUCGACCACAAGAUCCGGGUUAUUAUGAUGUCUCGGUUCGGAGUCAGUCUUCCUUCAGAUGCCCAGGCGUACAACAUUGCACUGAGUUUUGCCAGGCCCGCGCCGAGGGGCAGAUAUGUACAAGCCAUUCACGACGCCAUUAACCCGAACAAGAAGAAACACCUUAUGCCAUCCAAGAAUCAAGAGAUGGAAUUGCUCCGGUCUCUCGCCCGCCGACAUCCGCUGAAUAUCUUACUGGCAGAGGAUAAUCCGGUAAACACGAGGGUUGCGCUCCAGCAUCUGAAGAGAAUGGGCUACUCGGCAAAGCAUGCAAAAGAUGGCAUAGAAGUCCUCGAGAUGUGUGAAGAUGCGGCAGAAAGUGGCGAUAUGUUUGACGUAAGCCAAUAUACCCGCGGCCCGUUUUGAACCAGCUACUAAUCUCCACAGGUAAUCCUGAUGGACAUACAGAUGCCCCGGGCGGAUGGUAUAGAAACGAGCCUAGAGCUGCGUAGGAGAUACGUUGAUGGGGAAAAGCCGACGAUUAUCGCUCUGACAGCGAACGCGACCGCAGCUGAUCGGGAGAGAUGUCAGCAGGCGGGAAUGUUUAGCCAUAUUGCGAAGCCGAUACUCCCGAAUGAUCUCGCAACGGCUUUGAUGUCUACCUCCCCGCUUCAACUGUCGGCGAUAAAACGCCAGGAUUGACCCCCAUUUCCAUUCCAGCUCCAACAGUACCUGCUGCUCCUGCCGCCAUUCUCGCCCUGACCUAUUUGGUCUUUAUAUACCAGUGGGGUUCGCCCUUCCCUUCCUCCUCCACCUACCCAAUAUUCCCGGAUCUUACCCCAUCUUCAACCCAUCCCUUACCUACCAAUACCACCGCCGCACUUGUCCGUGGAAAAACAUGUGGCAGAUUAUGCGCGGUGUCUCAUUUUUCCUUUCUUCACUCCCCCAUUUCGUACUUGUAAAUAUUUUUUUCUCCUUUGCGAUACACCUUCACUUUUGGAUCUGCCUUACCUAACUUGAGGGGUUCUCUUUCCCUCUCGUUGACGGGAGUCUUUUCUUUUUCUAUAUUUAUAUUAUUUUUAUAUUACCCCAUGCUGCAUAAUUGCAUUUUUGGCGUCGAGGGUAUGGAAUAUGUGUACGUAGCCAAGAUAAAGUUGGUACGGUAUUGAAUGGAUUCACGUGGGCGUUUUUAUUUUUAUUUUUAUUUUUUUCACUGCCUUUAA